GCCGCGCGCGCGCUGUGGGUGAGUUGGAGAUCCGCAGGGCCGGGCCUGGGCUCCUGGCGGGACGCUGGCCUGUCUGCUAGUGGAUUGUAAUUGCCCACCUCGCGCGAGCAAGAAGGUACAUUGUUGUCCUUAGCUGAUUUUCCUGAUCACCAGCACUCUUUCAGGAGUGUUUGAUUUACCUCUCAGCAAAUAUGGAAGACUGACUCCUGACUUUCUUAAACAUUCUGUGCUGUGACUUGUAGUCUGUUAACAGCUAGAAUGAAACAGUUGCCUGCAGCAACAGUUCGACUCCUUUCAAGUUCUCAAGUAAUCACCUCAGUGGUCAGCGUUGUAAAAGAACUCAUUGAAAACUCCUUGGAUGCCGGCGCCACAAGCAUAGACGUUAAACUGGAGAACUAUGGAUUUGAUAAAAUUGAGGUGCGAGACAAUGGUGAGGGUAUCAAGGCUGUUGAUGCACCCGUAAUGGCAAUUAAGUACUACACCUCAAAGUUAAACAGUCAUGAGGAUCUUGAAACUUUGACAACUUACGGUUUUCGAGGAGAAGCCUUGGGGUCAAUAUGUUGUAUAGCUGAGUUUUUCUCCCCCCAGGUUUUAAUUACAACAAGGACAGCUGCUGAUAAUUUUAGCACCCAGUAUGUUUUAGAUGGCAGUGGCUACAUAAUUUCUCAAAAACCUUCACAUCUCGGUCAAGGUACAACUGUAACGGUUUUGCGAUUGUUUAAGAAUCUACCUGUAAGAAAGCAGUUUUACUCAACUGCUAAAAAAUGUAAAGAUGAAAUAAAAAAGGUCCAAGAUCUCCUUAUAAGCUAUGGUAUAAUUAAACCUGAUGUAAGGAUUGUUUUUGUACAUAACAAGGCAAUUAUUUGGCAGAAAACUAGAGUAUCAGAUCAUAAAAUGGCUCUCAUGUCUGUUCUGGGGACUGCUCUUAUGGGCAAUAUGGAACUCAUUCAAUACCAUUCUGAAAAAUCUCAGAUUUAUCUAAGUGGAUUUUUUCCAAAGCAUGAUGCAGACCACUCUUUAACAAGUCUUUCAACCCCAGAAAGGAGUUUCAUCUUUAUAAACAAUCGACCAGUACACCAAAAAGACAUAUUAAAGCUAAUCCGACAUUAUUACAAUUUGAAAUGUCUAAAGGAAUCUACUCGUUUGUAUCCCAUUUUCUUUCUGAAAAUUGAUGUUCCUACAGCUGAUGUAGAUGUGAAUUUAACGCCAGACAAAAGUCAAGUUUUAUUACAGAAUAAGGAAUCUGUUUUAAUUGCUCUUGAAAAUCUGAUGACGACUUGUUAUGGAUCACCACCUUGUACAAAUUCUUAUGAAAGUAAUAAAACAGAUGUUUCCUUAGUUGACAUGGUUGUUAGUAAAACAACAGAAACAGAUGUGCUUUUUACUAGGAUGGAAACGUCUGGAAAUAAUUAUCCAAAUGUUGAUACUUCAGCCGUUCUUUUCCAAAAUGAUGUGCAUAAUGAUAAAUCUGAGAAAAACACUAAUUAUUGUUUAAAUCAGCAGAUACCUCUUGGUGACCAUUAUGAUGAUCAUUUUAGUAGUGAAAAUUCUAGCAUUGAUAAGAAUGCAAGAAAUACAUUUCAAGAGAUCCCAAUGAAUAAUUUAUCAUGUGAGGACACCCAAAAGGAAUACAAUGAAACUUGUUUUUUGGGUUCUGUUAAGCAUACCCAAUCAGAAAACAGCAAUAAAGGCCAUAUAGAUAAAAGUGGGGAAAAUGAAGAAGCAGUUCCCGAGGAGUCUUUGGAAAUUUGUGCAGAUGACUGGAGCAAGGGAAAUGUACUUAAAAAUUCAGAAGGAGAAAACAUUGAACCUGUGAAAAUUCUAGUGCCUCAAGAAAGUUUACCAUGUAAAGUAGGUAAUAAUAAUCAUCAUCACUCAGAUCCUGAACAAAAGAAUCUCAAUGAAGGUUCCUGUAGCAAAAAAUCAAACGUGGUAGAUAACAAAUCUGGACAGCUUACAGCUUAUGAUUUAAUUAGCAGUCGAGUAAUCAAGAAACCCAUGUCAGCAAGUGCCCUUUUUGUUCAAGAUCAUCGUGCUCAGUUUUUCACAGAAAAGUCCGAGGCCGGUUUGGAGAAUGCAACAGUACAAACUGAAGAACUGUGGAAGACAUUGAGUGAGGAGGAAAAACUGAAAUAUGAAGAGAAGGCUGCUAAAGACUUGGAACGAUACAAUAGGCAAGUCAAGAGAGCCAUUGAACAGGAGUCACAAGUAUUAAAAGAUGGCAAAAAAAGGAUAAAACCCACCAGCGCAUGGAAUUUGGCACAGAAGCACAAGUUAAAGACUUCAUUAUCUAAUCAGCCAAAACUUGAUGAGCUCUUUCAGUCCCAAUGUGAAAAAAAAAAGAAUCAGAACAUUAAAAUGGUUCAGAUCCCCUUUUCUAUGGAAAACUUAAAAAAGAAUUUUGAUAAACAUGAGAAAUUUGACUUAGAAGAAAAGGACGAACUUUGCUUGAUCCACAAUCUCAAGUUUCCUGAUGCAUGGCUAAUUACAUCCAAAACAGAGAUAAUGUUAUUAAAUCCAUACAGAGUGGAAGAAGCUCUGCUAUUUAAGAGGCUUCUUGAGAAUCAUAAACUUCCUGCAGAGCCACUGGAAAAGCCAAUUAUAUUAACAGAGAGUCUUUUUAAUGGAUCUCAUUAUUUAGAGAUUUUAUAUAAAAUGACAGCAGAUGACCAGAGAUACAGUGGAUCAACUUACCUGUCAGAUCCUCGUCUUACAGCUAAUGGUUUCAAGAUAAAAUUGACACCAGGAGUUUCCAUUGCUGAAAACUACUUGGAAAUAGAAGGAAUGGCUAAUUGUCUCCCAUUCUAUGGAGUGAUGGAUUUAAAAGAAAUUCUUAAUGCUAUAUUAAACAAAAAUGCAAAGGAAGUUUAUGAAUGUAGACCUCGCAAAGUGAUAAGUUAUUUAGAGGGAGAAGCAGUGCGUCUGUCUAGACAGUUACCCAUGUACUUACCAAAAGAAGACGUCCAAGACAUUAUCUGCAGAAUGAAGCAUCAAUUUAGAAAUGAAAUUAAAGGAUGUGUUCAUGGUCGCCCAUUUUUUCAUCAUUUAACCCAUCUUCCAGAAGCUACAUGAUUAAAUAUGUUUAAGAAAAUUUGUUACUAUUAUUGAAAGUGAUUUGGUCACAAAGUAAUAUGAGUCAAUUUUUAAACCAUCUCUGUACUAUCACGUGUUAAAUGGUUGUUUUAUAAGUAAGGAUUCACUGGCUUAUUUGUAUAUUGAAAAAAAUUUCCAAAACUGUGGAAAAAUCAAAUAAAGUAAUAUAGACUAUUACUU